CACUUCUUGCACAUAAACAGUGAAAAUUACAAUAUAAAGGACCUAUUAUACCUUCUUUUGGAGUAACAUUAGUGCUAGUGAAAGGCUUCCCUACUUUUUAAAGCUAAGAAGACACAUUUUCUGCAGGUAAACCAAAAGCUUUCAGUGAAGCCUGGCCAGUCUCCUGUAUUUAAAAGGACUGGGAACUUGAGGGAAGUGAUACAGUGGUUGGGAUGAGCUGGAGCUAGUCCCCUGCACAGAGGAAACAUUUCCUGUUGUUCUGCAUUUGCUGGUUAUUCAGUCUGGACCACUCUUCUGAUGCCAAUGUAUUUACAGAACUUCCCCAAAUGAAACAGUCCUUUGGAUAUGAUUGCACGAACUGAAGUAACAACUACACAUCGAUAACUUCUCUCACUGAAAGCCACUGGAUGCUGUCUUUUUGCCUGGUCAGAAGCGGUUACAUUUUGCUUAACUGUUUGGGAAGAUUAGUUUCAUUAAAAAGAUGGCUGAAGAAGAAAAAAUCUCUCUAAAGAAAGCAAUUCAGUUUGGUAUUUAUGUAUAUAUUCCAGCAGUAAAACUAUGCAACAGAAAUGAAAAUGCCCCUAAAAGUUAUUAUGCUUGUUGUUUAGACAACAUGCAAAUACAACAUAUGUGACUGGUCCAUCAUAAAAAAAGCUGCAACACAAAUGGAGAGCUGACUGUCAAAUAGCCAUCAGGAAAGCCAUACACUCAAACUUACCUUCGUUAACUGUAAGCCUAACAGCCUGUUGCAAUAAGAUGAUCAUGUUAGCUUCCAAACACAAGGAUUUCUGCAUUCCCCAGCUACAAGAAAUCUUUCCUUAAAUUUGAUAUUUAAUUUCCUUAUCUUAGUGUUUGAUCUAAUCAGCAAUUAAAUUUGAAAGAGCAUCCCUAAAGAGAGCAUGUCAGUUAAAAGUAUACAUAGUAACAACAAGAAGAAUGAAAAGUUUAGCUCCCUCAGGAGUAAGGUACUCAUUUGCAACUUAGGAAUAAUCUUAAUAUACAGUUCAAAUGACAAAUGAAAUGGGCCGCAAAGAAACACGGUACUUACAGACUUUAAAUUGCGAUUCAAUGGCCCAGCAAAACAUGAAAAUGCGUCCAGUGCUACUGAAAAGGAAUAGUCUAGAUUCUGCUGAUUUUAUGAGAGAGCCACACCACCGCAGGACCAAAUCUCAGCAAGUCCGAUUCAAGGAUGAUGGUGUGAACACAAAGUCAGAACUGGAUACUAAUCCUGCCCAAGAUAUAGCAUCCACAACUGGAAAAACAGAAAUAUUUUGGGAUCACAGCUUUUUGCUGCAUCACUCUCCAUCUUUUCCAAGGGCUCAAAAAGGGUUUCGGAAUAUUGCCAUACAAACAUCUCCUAGCCUCAGGAAACACUUCCCGGUUUUUAAAAAGAAAAAGUUGACAGUAAGUAAAUCAUUAACAGAAAUGCCAAUGGAGCCUGCAAAUUCUAUCCAAGUAAACGGCAAUCUUUCUGAACAAGACAUGUCUUCAGACCUCUGUUACUUAAGAAUAACUAAUCAUUUGGAAGAUGGAUUUAGGAAUAGUGAUGUGGAUGGUCAGUUAAGUCAAAGACCAUCAAAAGCACAAAGCAAUGGACCUAUCCAUUCAGAUGAUUUCUCAGUAUCAGAGAAGACAACUGUUUCCACACAGGUGCCUGAAUACAUACAUGUGAGUUUUCCACAGGACAGCAAUGCUUCCAUGGAUGCACCAGACACAACUGCAAAUUUAAGUAAUUCACUGCAUUCUUCUACUGUCAUAAAUAGCAAUGAAAAUAAUGACAACAGCACACUGUCAUCUAAUUCUGAGAAAGCAUACCCUUGCCUAAGCAAUUUUAUUAGCUGCAGCGAAUGUAAUCCUCAUUCUGACUCUUGCGAAGCAGAUAAAAGUGAUUCUGAGUCGCUGGUAGCCAGCAAAGAUGCAAGCAGUAAGGAAACUACUCCAUUAUCACCUCCAUCAAAUCACAGCUCAUCUCCUUGCUUCCUCAGAGACUAUCAACAGGCAGGAGAGCACAGAACAGAUUCCAGCUGUGUGACAUUAACAAAUGAUGAUCACACAAUAAUGUCAUUGACCAGCAGUAAUGCAUCAAAAUCUUUUCUGUCAUGUAAGACUGAAACCAAGAAAAAUUCUACCCAGUCAGAUGUUUCCCAGUGUAACAGCUGUUUAGAAGGAUUUCACAUAAAGUCUUAUCUGCCAAGGAAUGAAACAAAACCACAAACCAACAAAGAGAUUAGUGAAAUAAAUAAAAUUCAUUUGGCACAUGGAGAACUCUGUGCCCUACAAGGCAGGCUGCAGUCUGUAGAGGAAUCCUUGCAGUCGAAUCAGGAGAAGAUUAAAGUCCUUUUGAAUGUAAUCCAAGACCUGGAAAAAUCCAGAGCCCUCAGUGAAGGGCGUAACUUCUAUCACACUGGGCAAGACCUCAACAACUGCAGCACCUGUCAGAACACCGCAUGUAUCAUUUACAGUGUAGAAUAUGACUUCAGACAACAAGAAGGAAGAUUUCAUCAGAUUUUGAAAACACUGGAUCAUGCAGAGCAAAAUUCAGCUUCAGCUUCACCUCAGAAGCAACCAUCUGAUCAUCCAGCUCCCGAGAAAAAGGAGUUAAGGAGAAAAACAAAAAAGGUGAAAAGAAAAUGCUUCUGGUGGAUUUGACUUCCUUAUGGAUCCUUUUACAUUUCAAAAGACUCUAGAACAUUAAGACAUUUGAAAGCACACACCUGAAAGUGUGCUAUUACAAAACCACAAAGCUAAAGAAUGUUUAAUUAGAGUAUCUGAAAAAUCAAAAGAAUUGAAUUUACUUAAAUCAUCUCACUGAAUAAAGGUGCAUGGAGAUACUAUUUUCAAAAAGAAAAUGUUACUUUCAAAAUGAAGCUUUCUCAUUUUUUCCGAGGAUACUUUCAUAUGCUUUGUAAAGACCUUUUUUUCAAAUUACCAAAAAUAAUGAGGUUUAAAUCUCUACCUUAAAAAACAAUGGUAGACAAAGCUAGGAGUGUCACCAAGUCUUCAUUUCCUAUUUAUAAGCACCGUGGACAAAGAACUUCACUGAUGUUUAAACAAACCACAUAAUCAAGAACAAAUUCAGGGGCAUCUACAUUGUUCAAAAAAAUCUCAAAGGAGGCAACUACAGCUAUUACACAUUCCCACCAAAAUAUUAUUGUUGCUGUCAUCUAACAUUUAACAACAACAACAAAAAAAGAAUUUCAGGGUAAGUUUUAACUCUGUCCUUUUAUUGGUUCAGUUUAAAAAGCAACCAUUUAGCAUUUUCAGCCAUUUAACAGACUUCUCUGGAAAGAAUCACAGAAUCAUAAAACAAGAGAAUAUCUCAGUAAUUCUAGUUUUAAGCCCCUAAUCAAGCAAGGUCCAAUAGGUGAACUUGAGUUUCAAGUAUCUCCAAAUACAUGAAUCCAUAAUCACUUGGGGCAAGUUUUUCCCCCAAAUUUUCCAAAUUUUUUCUUAACAUCUAGCCUGAAUUUCCUAUGUUGUAACUCGUGCCCAUUACAUCUUGCCUUAUCCAAAUACACCUUCAAGAAGAAUUAGACAGAUAAUAAGACCUCUCUCCAAAGCCUUCACUUCUUGAAGACAACAAAACCAAUUUUCACUGCUUCUGUUUACAUGUCAUGUGCUGCAGCCCACAGUCAUCUUGGUGGUCACUCUCCAGUAAAUUGGUGACUUUCAUCUACCUGGAAGCCUAAAACUGGACACAAUGCCUCAGAUGUCAUCAUGCAAUUACUGAAUAGGGGGGAUUAACAACUUCAGCUACUGUCCUUCUAAACCACGUGCCCAUUUUGUCCAUUUAAGAUCUGAAUCACUAUACCAAAAUAUCCCAAGAUGCGAGUUUUUUGGCCUUAAGAUAUAAGUUGAUAUAUGAAACAAAAUUGAUCAUAAAACCAAUAUUUAAUGAACCUAUCUGUAUUAUAUAAAAAAAUUUUACUUGCUGAAAUGAUUUUAGCAUGUGUCAAUGCAGGUAGUUCCUUUCUUCAAAACAGCUGAAUAAUCAGCUAGCACAGGGUAUGCCCAUGUAACCCAGUUUAGGGUCGAUGAUAUUAUUACUUUGAUCAUGAAAACACAAUCACCUUUCAGAUGGGGGGCAGAGGGGAAAAGGUUUUGCAAAGCAAGUUUAAAGGGCACACUGUAAAGCCCAAAUAAUGUAUUUUAUGUUUAGUGGAAUGUACUGCAGACUUUUCUUAGAAGUGACUCCGGUUAAUUAGUUCCAAUGGUGCCAGGGUAAUCCAGGGAUUAACCACUGGAUCCUAUUUUUCUAAAUCAUAUUGUAUUAAUUUUGCAAUGUUAGUUAAAAAUUUAUGUACAUUUUCUAUACACUUCUGUGUUCCUUAAAUUCUUGGGUUUAACUACACAUUUAAAAACACAUUAAAAACAAUUUUUCACAGAAGAAUUUUGUCUGGAAGAACUAAGGUUUUUUACAAAACUUGUCUUCAUUUCAAAUGGAGUAUGCUAUGUGACAUGGCUUUAUUUAUCAAAAUUCCAAAGGACUAACACUUUAAAAAAAUAUUUCCAUGUUAAAUUCAAUCAGUGUAGAAAUGACAAGCACAAAAUUAUCAUUAUUUUAGAGGCUUUUCAGAGGAAAAGCCUUAUAUAAUUUUUACUAGCAAAAAAGAUGCCAUUGGUGAGACAGAAAAGCUCUUCAGUAAUAAUUUGUGGGUACAACAAAGGUAAGAAUUAAAUUAUUAUAUCAGAACACAUCAUUAUAUUACACUGAAAUACGUGUACUGCUUAUGCUGGUAUGACAUCCGCAUUCCUAUUUUGCAUUUGUCUCUGAUAUAAUGAAAGUUUUAUUAGUGUGUAAAUGUUUCUUGUGUAUUAAAAUAACAUUUUAAAAUUAAUAUCCUCUGUGGUAAAGGUAUAAUAAUAAGCAAUACUAACAGGCAUAACACUAGCAAAACCAGUAAUUUUUUUUUCUGUAGUAAACUAAUUUUCAGCAAUUUGUUAUUAUAUGAAAGCAAUCUUUUUGUGUUUCUUUUUGUUAAUCAGCAG